GUUAAGACGUCCUUGACUACGCAAAUGAAAGUAUCUGGGAUAUGAGAGGAUUGUUCUGCCUCCUGCUUUUAGUAUGUGAAGAGAAGUUGUGGAGAGAUGGAUAAGCUCAGGAAGGACGUUGGCCAAGGUGGCACAUACCUGACCCAUCAGAGAGAUAAGUACUAUACCUACCUGCAGCAUAUUUCCUGCAUCUCCUAUACCAAUUAUCGGUGAGCAGCUCAGGUGGUAUUCAUAUCCAGUACACCCCCUCCUUUCCUAACCUCUCUAGUUAAAGGCAUUUCCCCUCCCUACUGCGGCAUAUGUUUGUGGGUAAACAAAGCUCAGAACAUAAAUGAGGAAGAACCGUGCCAUAGAGACAGAGCAAGAACACACAAAGCCUGAAUCACAAACACAGUGUACACAUACAGAGCCAGAUCAAAGCCAGCUGAGGCAGCAAUGCAGGGCAGGUGAACCUAGAAGAAGACUCACAAGGCACAAGAGAAUUGCACAGACCUCAGAUUGGAGCAAGAACUUCUACCAAAAGUCAUUCAAGGACACACAGGCUCGUUCAGCAUGGCCAUGUCACCUGAGGCGUUCCAGGAGGUAGAGACAACGACUUGCCUUUUGAGUGGAGCCACCUCACUUGCCUCACGAUUAAGCCGGGCAUGUUUAGCCGUACUUUUCUUCAUUCGCUUUGGUAUUUUGUUAAUUGGAUGUCGCACAAUAUGGCAGGAUGAAGAGAAGGACUUUAUUUGCAAUUCGUCAAAGUUACUCUGUAAGCCAAGUUGCUUUGAUGAGUUCUCCCCUAUUUCCUCAUUCAACCUUUUCUCUUUGCAAAUGGUGGCAUUGCUUACACACUCUCUGUGUGUGGCCUGUUUCAGCCGUUCAAGCUACCAGGCAAGGGAAGGCUGGUUGCAUGCCCAGCUCAGAAGAAAACAAGUUCAAAGAAAACUUCAUGUGAUCAUACUGAUGAGCAGGAUGUUCAUAGAAGGGAUCUUCAUCUUCACUUUUUAUAAAGUAACAGAUGGGUUUGUGCACAAAAGGACUGUUCAGUGCCACUCUACACUGUGUGAAAGUUUAGUCACCUGUACAGAUGCAAACCCAACCAUUAAGAGUAUCUUCAGUAUGUGCCUGUGUACAGCGUCUGCAGCCAGUGCCAUCAUCUGCCUGUGGGAGCUAGUAACCAGCCUGCAACCUAUGCAACAUGUGAGCAGUUCCUCAGCCAGUCCGUCACCAUGUAAGAAGCAGCAUUUCUAGAUAAUACAACAUCUGGUCUUGUUAAGCAAGAUAAUGUACAUGUCUGUAUAUCAAUCAGCAACAAAACAACAUUUUACUUUAGUAUCUAUUACUUCAUUUGAAUAGUCUGUCAUUUUUAUCCACAACUGUAAUAAAACUCACAGGUAGCUCCUCCCAGUAACAGCUGCAGAGCCGGAGUCUCUAAUGGAUACAAGGAAAUUAGUGACCAAAGGUCAGUGUACUUCCCCUGUGUGACAUCACCACCCAGAGCAAUUAUUUAUACCUGUGAUCUCUGGGAAUUUACACAGACUGAAUGCUUAUAAAUAGUGGCAAAUAAACCAGCUACAUACGUACAGUACUUUCAUAUGAUGAAAAAAAAUACACAUUUAACAAUGUAAUGUUUAAUCAUGAUGGUCAGACAAGGUUAACCUUAGACACUUUCUUACUAACAGGAGCUUCGAGUUAUUGAGGGUGAUUCAAUUGUUUCACCCUGCGGAUGCCACUAGAUGGCAUCGAACGGAGCAGUUCAAUUGCUGCUCCAUUCAGGCGCAAAUAGCCGCAGGAGGAUACAUUUCUGCUCGCAGUUUCCUGAGGUGUGAGCUGAAAUGUGCGAUAAAUCAGGCGUUUGGGCACAAUAGCAUUUAUUUAGACGGGUUUAGCUACUUUGCGUGUCACUUCUGGGCGCGCACAAGUGGCACUUGUGCCCAUGGGGGAUAGACACAAUUGAAUUGCUCUGAUGGACACCCAUUAUGUUUGGGCACCCACAAAACAAUUGUAAUUCCCCCUCAUUGUCUGCAAUCCAAACACAAUAUAUUCCCAUCUUUCCAUUGCAACGUGGUUCAUCUUGAUGAACCUCGAAAAUGAUGUACUGGGUUCUUGAAGCUGGUAAAUAAUAGGAAAACCACCAGCCACAGUAAAAAUAAGA